AUGAGACAAGGACGGAUCUACGGUGUUUAUAGUUUGGUGAGUUCGAACGGUGGCCCAGAUUUGGAGGAGAGCGUAAACGAAGCACCGUUUUUUCCUCUCUUUGGCGCUGAGAUUAAGAAAAGGGGACUCUCACGAAAACUUAACUCUUUCUCUCUCCCUCACCCCAUUUUAGAUCGAACCCUUCUUCCUCCUCGCACCGCCCUUCCCAUUCGCUGCGGAUAUGACUGUGCUACUCACACCCACAACUUAUUAGCUUUGCAUUCUGAUGAUGGUGGUGGAUGCUGUGGCCAUGUGUGUUUCCUCGUACCAAUGACUAGUUCGAGCCAUAAUAACAGUACGACUGAACAGAUGGGAAGUGAACAGUGUGAUUUGUCUGAAAAAAAACCUCAGAUAAGCUCUGGAUGCUUAGACAGCAAACAGAGGGAGCUUGGUACAGUGUUAAACAAUUCAGUAAUUGACGAAAAAUCAAAUCACAUUUCUGCCAAUGUGACUGAGAAUUCUGUUAUUCAACUGCUUGCUCCACCUCAGCAUGACUUAGAUAAGAGUCGUCAGAUUGUAGAAGGUCCAUGCCUUCAACGAAGUACCAUUGAACAAGUCUCUAUUAAUUUAUCUAAUGAUAAACCAGAAAACAAAUGCCAACCAUUGUGUGAAAAUAUUCAAACUCAGCCUGUAGAAAUAAAUGAUGCAGUAAAUGCCUUUGUUGUUGAAGACCAAAUGCAAUCCAUUGCAGCCGAAGGUUCAUGCCUUCAACAAAGUACCAUUGAACAAGUCUCUGUUCAUUUAGAUAAUGAUAAGCCAGAAAAUGAAUGCCAAGCAUUGUCGGAAAAUGUUCAAACUGAGCCUGUAGAAAUAAACGAUGCAGCCUUUGUUGUUGAGGAUCAAACACAAUCCAUUCCUGUAGAAGGUUCAUGCCUUCCACAAAAUACCAUUGAACAAGUCUCUGUUCAAUUAUUUAAUGAUAAACCAGAAAACGAGUGCCAACCAUUGUCUGAAAAUGUUCAAACUGAGCCUGUAGAAAUAAACGAUGCAGCCUUUGUUGUUGAGGAUCAAACACAAUCCAUUCCUGUAGAAGGUUCAUGCCUUCCACAAAAUACCAUUGAACAAAUCUCUGUUCAAUUAUUUAAUGAUAAACCAGAAAACGAGUGCCAACCAUUGUCUGAAAAUGUUCAAACUGAACCUGUAGAAAUAAAUAAUGCAGUAACUUCCCUUGUUGUUAAGGACCAAACACAAUUCUUUUCUGCUCAAGUGAACACGAGUUCUGUGAAUGAAUUGUUGGGUCCUCCUUCUGGAAAUGUUGCAAAAAAUAUUAGUUUCAAUUGUUCAGAAAGAAAACCCAAUAGCACAACUCAUUCAAGACUGAGGCACAGGGGUAAAAGAAACUCAAAAUUAUUGAAGAAGAAGUAUAUGCUAAGGUCAUUAGGAAGCAGUGACAGAGCUUUGCGGUCAAGAACAAGAGAAAAACCUAAAGCACCUGAACCAAAUAGUAAUUUGGUUGAUGGUAAUAAUGAUGGAGUGAAGAGGAAAAGUGGGAGGAGGAAGAAAAAGAGAAGAGAGGAUGGAAUUACUGAUCAGUUUUCUAGAAUCAGAACUCACUUAAGAUAUUUAUUGAACCGAAUAAGCUAUGAGAAAAGCUUGAUUGAUGCUUAUUCUGGUGAGGGCUGGAAAGGAUACAGUAUGGAAAAAUUAAAGCCUGAGAAGGAGCUUCAGCGGGCUAAGUCUGAAAUUCUUCGACGUAAAUUGAAAAUUAGGGAUCUAUUUCGAAAUUUGGAUUCAUUGUGUGCUGAAGGAAAGCUUCCAGAAUCUCUGUUUGAUUCUAAGGGAGAGAUUGACAGUGAGGAUAUAUUCUGUGCAAAAUGCCAGUCCAAAGAGUUGAGCACUAAUAAUGAUAUAAUUCUAUGUGAUGGUGUUUGUGACCGUGGAUUUCACCAGUUCUGUUUGGAUCCUCCAUUGUUAACUGAAGACAUUCCACCUGGUGAUGAGGGUUGGUUAUGCCCAGGAUGUGAGUGCAAAGAUGACUGCAUCGAACUUGUUAAUGACUCAUUAGGAUCAAGUCUCUCUCUUAGUGACACCUGGGAGAGGGUUUUUCCUGAAGCAGCUACAGCUGCUGGAAAUAAUAUGGAUAGCAACUUGGGACUUCCUUCUGACGAUUCGGAUGAUGAUGAUUAUAAUCCUAAUGGUCCAGAGGAUGUGGAAGUUGAAGGAGAUGAGUCAAGUUCCGAUGAAUCUGAGUAUGCUUCUGCUUCUGAGAAAUUGCAGAGUUCACAUGAGGAUCAAUACUUGGGCCUUCCUUCUGAAGACUCUGAGGAUGAUGAUUAUGAUCCUAAUCGUGCAGAUGUUGACUGUAAAAUUGCUGAAGAAAGUUCAAGCUCUGAUUUCACAUCUGACUCCGAGGAUCUUGCUGCAAUUCAGGAUAAGAGAUCUCCUGGACAGGACGAAGACAUUGUAUCUGUAUCUUUGGAUGAUGUUAAGAAUUUGAAAGGUUCUGGCAAACAAAAGGGUAAAGUUGAUAAAAAGCCAUCAAUGGCUGAUGAACUGUCAUCUUUACUAGAGCCAGAUCCUGGCCAAGAGGGUUCCACUCCUGUUUCUGGGAAAAGACAUGUGGAAAGGUUGGACUACAAAAGGCUGUAUGAUGAGACGUACCGGAGUGAUACUAGUGAGGAUGAAGAUUGGACUGCCACUGCUACUCCAAGUAGUAAAAAGAAACUCACUGCCAAUGUGACUUUGGUGUCACCAAAUGGAAAUGCUUCAAAUAAUCCUAGACAUACUCCUAUGAGGAAUACCCAUCAGAAUAGAGCUGAAAAUACAGAUAAUUCACCCGCCAAAUCAGUUGACAGCUGUGUGAAAUAUGAUUCCAGGGAUAAUAAGUCUGGAUCUUCAGCAUACAAAAGAGUGAAAAGACUUGGAGAAGUUGCACUGCAGAGGCUUCACAAAUCUUUUAAAGAAAAUCAGUAUCCAGAUCGAACUACAAAAGAAAGCUUGGCACAAGAACUAGGAAUUACUUUUCAGCAGGUUGCCAAAUGGUUUGACAAUACACGCUGGAGCUUCCGGCAUUCAUCACAAAUGGAAAGCGAUCCUGGAAAAAAUAUUUUGUGGCUGGGCAAUGAAGGCAAAGCCAAAAAUGAGGGGGAGAGGAAAUGUGAAUUAAUGUCCCCAGAGGUCAGUGGAGAAAAUUCAAAAUCCUCGAGUUAUAGAAAAAGGAAGCAUUUGUCUGAAUCCCAAGCAUCUGAAACACAGCUGGAUAUUGAUGGCUCAGCGACAAGCACACCAAAUGCUCAUGAAAUACAAAUAGGCAAUAAAAUGAAGACGAGGAAGAGGAAAUGACACUUCAUUUACAAGUCAGGCUUAAUCUUUUACCUGAGGCUGCAAAUUAAAGUAUCUAUCCUUUUAUGAGUUGAGAUCCCAUGAGACAAUCAGCUUUAAUCUCGACAGAUUUGUUUACAUUGAGGAAGGUAAUCAUUAAAUGCGUGCCAUUGUUUGUAUUUUUUUUUUUUUUUUCAAAUAGCUUUGCAGGUAUGCAUCUCUCUGGUGAGAGUUUGUUUUAGCAUAGCCCCUCGCGCAAACACUUAAAAUAGUUCAGUAACUAGUUUUAGAAUUUUUUUUAAAAAUUUACAGAGACCCCUUUACAGAGACCCCUUUUCUUACUCCAAAUGAUGUUUUUUUCCUCCUCCUUUUAAGGGGGUUACUAACAAUAAAAAAAAGCAAAAUACUGAUGAAAAUAGGGGAGCUGUUUAUUUUUGUACCUCAGGAUUCAAUGUCAUUAUUGUAUUAAUCUGCUGGCAAUCCUAGUAAAUGUACCAGCUAAUGUGUCUGAUUUGCUUCACAACAUAUAGCGCCCUUCUUGCAUUGAUAAGAUAUAGUUUGACAUUCAGGGUGGUUGUCUUCCGAAAUCAUAUCGCUGUCACUUUGGGUGUUUUUCGGCUCUCCCUUUUCUUUAGAAGAUAAGCUUUUUUUUUAUUAUGGAUCUGUGGUUUGAGACAAUGGGAUGGGAGCAUAUGUAUUAUUCUCAAUUGCCGCAUGCUGUUAUGAAGUUAUUUUCCUGUCUUGGGCUUUCCCAGAGCUAGCAUGCAUGUUGAUUAACUUUAUGACCCUUUUUA